AUGGCUAUUUCUAGUCGUUCUUUGUGUGUGGCUCUUCUUGUACUAUGCAUUGUUAUGGUGUGUAUGGAGGAGGGUCGUGGAGAGGAUGAAGAUGAUUAUUGCAGCUAUGGUGUCUGGCGUGGCUGCAAAAGUUUUUUUAAUCGUAUAGGAGGAGGAGGAGGUGGUGGCGGUAGUGGAGGAAGUGGUAAUGGAGGUUCGGGACAUGGAGAGGGUCAUGGUGCAGGGGCGGGUAUGGGUAUAGGUGUGGGAGGUGGUGGAGGUGGAGGAGGCCGUGGUGGUGGUGGUGGUGGUGGGGAUGGAGCGGGUGGUUCUGGUCAUGGUGAAGGAUUCGGAGCUGGAGUUGGUACAGAGGGUGGUGGAGGUGGGGGAGGAUCCGGUGGGGGAGGUGUAGAAGGAGGGUAUGGUCAUGGUAGUGGUUUUGGAGCAGGCGUAGGUUUUGGAACUUUUGGUGGACGUAAAGGUGGUGGUGGUGGUUUUGCAGGGGGAGGUGGAGGUGGUGGCGGCGCGGGUGGUUCUGCAGGAGGAUCAGGUCAUGGUAGUGGCUUUGGUGCUGGAGUUGGUGGGGGAGUCAGAGGGGCAGGUGGAGGGGGAGGUGGAGGUGGUGGUGGAGGAGGAAGCGGUAAUGGAGGUUCGGGACAUGGAGAGGGCCAUGGUGCAGGGGAAGGGAUGGGUGUGGGAGGGGGCGGAGGUGGAGGUGGCGGCGGCGGCGGCGGUGGCGCCAACGGUGGGUAUGGUCAUGGUAGUGGUUUCGGGAUGGGUGUAGGUUUUGGUGGAAAUGGUGGGGGUGGGGGUGGUGAAGGAGGGGGAGGUGGUGGCAGCAAUGGCGUUGGUGGUGCUGCCGGCGGGGGUGGUGGAGGAGGUGGAGGAGGAGGUAGAAACACUAGUGAUGAUAACAAUGGUGGUGGAGAAGGUUAUGGUGAAGGAGAAGGCAGUGGGUAUGGUGGCAAUAGUAAUAAUGGUGGCAUUGGGAUGGGAUUUGGAAUGGGCAUGGGAUUUGGCUUUGGCAUAGGAACAGGUACAGUAAGUGGAAAUUUCAGUCCUGUUGAUGAAGCUAGCAAGAUUGGUGACAAACAACCCUAA